CUUCUGACUGCACGCGGCCAUUUCCGUCUCCAACCAGCCGGUGGUGUCAGUCAACAACCCUGGAGACUUCAAACCACUCUGAACAUAUACCCUACACCUCUGAAUAGGAAAAGUUGCUGCUGAUGCUGUUCUGAUGGUCAACCAUGGAUGAAGACGACAGCCAAGAUGAGCUGAUCAAUUGCAGCACAUCUCACAGCAGAGGAAAAAGAGCUGCACUGUGGGCCAUAUCAGAUGACUCUGAUGACUCAGACGUGGAGUCUGAGGAGGGAGAAUCUGAAAGUGGGGAUGAAGAAAAGGAUGGCCAAGUAAAUGGAGAUGAGGAGGAAGAAGAAGAAGGGAAUGAAGAAGAGGAUGAUCUAGAAGAAGAAGAAGAUGCUCAGCCGGAAGAUGGAGCUUUUGGAGGAACCUCUGCAGACCUUGCAAUGAUGAGCUCUGAUGAGGACGCAGAAAAGUGUCCCAUCUGCCUUAACUCUCUCAACAGUCAGCCUGUGGCAACACCAGAGAACUGUGAGCACUACUUCUGUUUCGAUUGCAUCCUGGAAUGGGCCAAGAAUGCAAACUCGUGUCCUGUCGACCGUAUGGCCUUUAACAGUAUAUACCUCAGGAAAUGUUAUGGAGGCAAAGUGAAAAAAAUGAUAACUGUGCAAAAGCCUGUGAAGGAAGGGCAAGAGGAAACCGUUAAUUUGGACUUGGAGCAGACCAACUGUGAAGUUUGUGGGGGCAGUGACCGAGAGGACCGCCUGCUGCUAUGUGACGGCUGUGAUGCAGGAUAUCACAUGGAGUGCCUCACGCCGCCCCUUGACUCUGUUCCUGUAGAGGAAUGGUUCUGUCCUGAGUGUGAAGCCAACAACCGUAGCUCAAGAGGUUCAGCUGAGGAACUCAGUGAUGCUGACAGCCUGCCUUCUACUGCACGUCCUGCCGCCAGUCGAUCACAAGCCCGUGCUUCAGGCCCCACCAGAGCCAUUGCCCGUACCCAGCAGAGUGAGAGGGUCCGAGCCAAUGUCAACCGACAUCGCAUCACACAGGCACGCACGUCGCAGCUGGCCCCGACAUAUCUGAUACAGUCCACUUGGCUGGAUGAAACGAUUAAUGCUGUGGUUGCUGGGCUCAACACAGCUGUAUACAUACGGGACUUAACACCUCGUUUAGCAUCUAGCCGUAAACGCAAAACUGGAAAGCACAAAAAGGUGAAAAGUAGGAAGACAUCUGCUAAAAAUGGUAAAGUGUCUAGCACGGGAGUCAAGAGAAGGAAACGAAAAGUAAGGAGGAAUAAAUCUAGGAGAAGGAUGAUGAUGAAGAAGGUUGCCACUCCACGAAGCCGUAUUGCUAAUAGUCUUGGAAUUGUAAAGGACAAGAAGAGCUCAUCGCUUCCAACAGUUUAUAGGCCAUCAGAGCACACACUAAGCAAUAUGCGUGCUGACAUAGGAGCUGCAUCCCUCUCUAUCUAUGGAGACCCAUUUGAUUUGGAUCCAUUUGUGGAUCGGAGGGGUAUGGAUGUCCACCCAUCAGGAGGUGUUGUGGAGGCAGCUCCUGUACCUGAUCUGCUGGGCAGCAUCCUAUCAGGACAGAGCAUGCUCUUGAUGGACAGUUCUGAUGUUGUCAUUAAUCGAGAUGGUUCGCUUAAAGCUACCAAACCAAUGAUGCCAUCUCCAUUAAUACCUGGCAGUAGAAAAAGCAGUAGCUCUGGAGAUGCAAACAGCCCAGGGAUGUCAGCAGGUCUAGGAGACACUUCUGUGUCUGUGAACUACAACAGAGAUCAACCAGGGCCCUCCUGUGCCUCUGUGAGCACACCAUUGUCCCAGAGCUCAACUCGGUUACCUCCUUUAGCAGCUUCUUCAACUAGCCACACACAAACACCUCUCCAUUCUGAUCUCAGAGGGCAUCCAGGUUUGCAUCCACCUCGUCCAAACAGACCCACACCCUCUAAUCACCGUGUAAGCAAUGGAUUUGGAGUCCCUAGGGAAGGCUUGUCAUCUGUCUGUCCAACUGCAGAGUCAAGCUCCAAAAGCAAGGGAAUGAUCCCAUCACAAAGCCAAUCUAAAAAGGCACCUACAAAACCCAUGUGGGUAGAUGUGUCAGAACUUCCUAGAAUACCAAAAAUAAAAAGGGAAAGUAGUGGCAUGACAAAUGAUGGCACUAGUCAAGAUGGCAGUCAUGAAGUUAGUAGCAGCAGGGGUCAGGGUAGGAGAUCCACCCCUAAUAGUAAUGGUUAUGGCAUGCCUGAAACGGGCAUGAAUAAUCUUUCUGGGGACAAAGGAAGGCAGCAAAGUGUAGACCGGCAAAGGGGCCGGGCUGACGGUCAGGCCCCAAGGCACAGGCCUGAUGGAGGUAGCUCAUCUUCAGCUUUCUCUAAUUCAUUCUCUUCAUCCUCGUCCGCUGGGUGUCCUGCCGGCCAGCCACGAUAUGCCUCCUCCUCAUCGUCAUCAUCGUCAUCAUCGUCAUCAUCGUCGUCAUCAUCAGUGAGCUUCCGCAUCAACUCUAGUGGGAACCCAUGGCAAUCAAGGCGGCUAGGCAUUGCAUCAUCCUCUUCUAGUGUAGGCACCUUCCAGGAACACUGGAGGAAAAAGGAUGAUGAAGCUAAAAAGAGACAAUUGGACAGGGAUAAACAAAUGCUUUUGGCAUCACGUAGUCUGGGUAGUAAGGAGCAAGAUAAUAUAUAUGAUCCCUUUAAUCCUACUCUGUCAGAUUCAAGCAGCUCAGGUGACGAAACGGAGGGCACAAGCCCAGAUGGCACUUCUCAGUAUGUAACACUUGACAGGAAGCCUCCUAGUCUAAGUAACAAUGAGACUAUAAUGCAAAAUGAGCAGGACCUGGUACAGGUGAAGACUGAAACAUCAGAGAUUGAGGUCACACAGGAAGGACCAGGGAUGGCUCAGGAAACCACAUCUGGGGCCAGACUCUUGGAGGACAUUGUAAAGGUUGAAAAUGAAUCAAGACUAUCAGGCAUAAAGACUGAAGAACAAACUGUAUCACUUGACAAAGUCAAGAAAGAACCUUGUGAAAAUGCAGGUGAAUCUGAAAUCAGUGGUGACAGAUUUUUUAAUUCAGAGACCACAGACACCACACCGCCUGCUGAUCAAACUCUGGAUCUUGUAAAGACUGAGAGAGAGACUCAAGAGGCAAAGAGUGGACAACGUGCUGGAACUCCCAGCAGAUCUCUCUCAAAGGAUAAGGAAGAUUCAUCAGUGGAUAACUCUACAACUGUCAAGAGGAAACAAAAGGAAGAAACUAAAUCACAUGUUAUGUCAUGCUCAAAGUCCCCUUCAAGAGAUUUGGACUAUAAGAAGAAAAGCUCCAAAGCUUUGAAGGAGCAGUCCUCCAGUGGAUCUGAGACAGACAGAGGCAGGAGAGGAGAUCAGCAUGGUUCAGGCCAUGUCACAAAGCAAAAAGAAGUAGACCGUGAGGAGAAAGAAAGGAGUUCCAGGCAAUCACGGUCUAGAGAGAGGAAUAGGGCACACUCAAGCUCAGACAGUUCUCAACCCAAUUCCCCUGAUAGGACUCACAGAAAGAGACGGCGGUCCAGGUCACGAUCAAAAGAUGAAAGGAGAAGGCGGCGAUCCAGGUCUGCUUCCAGCUCCAGCAGUAGAGACCAUUCAACAAGGAAGAAGCAUAAACGAAGGAGCAAGGAGAGAAGUGAUGACAAAGAGAGGGACCACGAAAGACGACGAGUUUCAAAAGACAAAAGACGUGGUCGGUCUCGGUCUCGGUCAAAGUCCCAGUCCAAUUCACGUUCCAGGUCCAGAACCCGAUCUAGAUCAAAGGACCGUAAGCACGGUCGGUCAAAAUCCCGGUCCAGAUCCAGGGAGAGGAGGAGAGAACACAGCAAACAUUUGUCUCUCUCUUCAAGAGACAAGGUGGAGUCACGAUCUAAAGAGAAGAGGAGAAACAGGUCUAGAUCCAGUUCAAGAGAGAAAAGGAAAGAAGAAAGAUCAUCCAAAAGCUCACACCAAACUUCUCUUUCAUCCUCUAAAGACGCAAAGAGGUUGCAAGACAAGAAAAAAGAGAAAGAUGUUUCUCAAAGCUACAGUAAAGAUGAAAAAGUUGAAGCCAAUCUGAAUAAAAAGGAGGGUCCAUCCUCUUCUUUCACCUCUAAAGUAAAAAAGUCGGACAAAGUCCUCAGUGCAGAGAGCCAGUUCAAAACUACAGAAAGUACAAAAGAAGCAAAGGAUAGAAAAGAAAUUAAGAAAGAAAAACAGGCAUCGGUUGGCAUGUUUGAAGAUAAUCCUAUUAGUAUAUCGAUUAAGAAAGAGGAAACAGACACUUGUUCUUUGGCAGUAAGCAAAGAGGAUAUCGAAGUCCCCGUUAAGACCGAGACGUGCGAAAUUCCAAUUGUUAAAUCAGAGCCAGUCUGUGUAUCCAGCUUACCCCCCGAUACUUCCUUUUCUACGCUGACCCCGCCUGUUGCAGACGAAAGCCACCAGGACACAGUCUCUGAAACUCAGCCGUUGGCCGUGGCCAAACAUCAGAACACUGAAUUGACUGUCCCUGUAAAACUGGAAGUUCAGCAGCCUUCAGACUCUGAUGAUGACUUUAAUAUUGAUGUGAUGCUAGACACCUUGGAUUACGUGAAAUCUGAGCACACAGAGAGUAGUGGUGCAGCUGUCAUACAAGAGAAAGAAGUAGUGGCCAGAAAGAAUGAGGUACAGCAGAUAUCAACAAAAGCAGGAGCAAAAACAUCCAAAACACAAGUGAAGCGUGUUACCUGGAAUAUACAGGAGCCUGAGGGUCCGCAACCAGAGAAGUCUGCGAGCAAACUUGCUCUAUAUAAACUGAAGCUAAAGCAGGAAGGGGCUCGCAGACCUUCUUUGACAGUCCAGGCAUCCAGUCAGGAUAUUACUGCAGCUGUUAGUGACCCCUCCAAGAAGUGUGCUGAUGGUCUUCUCAGUACUUCCUCUAAAUCUGAUGGUCUUCAUUCUGGGGAGUUAUCGGCCACUGCACAAGGAGAGGCAGAAGAAGGAGAUUUAUCAAGGAAAGACAAGUAUUUGAAAAAACUGCACAUGCAAGAGAGAGCGAUAGAAGAAGUUAAGCUAGCUAUCAAACCUUUCUACCAAAGGAGAGAUAUCAACAAGGAUGAAUACAAGGAGAUUCUUCGCAAAGCUGUCCAGAAGGUGUGCCACAGCAAGAGUGGAGAAAUCAACCCAGUGAAAGUUGGAAAUCUGGUUAAGGCAUAUGUGGACAAAUAUAAACAUGCUAGGAAACAUAAAAAGGGAGACGAUUUAGGAAAAGCCCCAGACACCCAGGCUGAAGCAGCCAAAACCUCUGACAGUCCACGAUGAGGCAGGAACUAUAGGCAGGGACAACUACACCCACAAUAUUCACUUCAUAUUCAUAUAUUAUGCUAUAUUAUUCUAUGUCCUAGAAUUGGGCGUGAUCACACUCUAAACAUACCAAGUGCAAAAGGUCAACCAACCUUUGCUCACAGUUUCAAAAUGGAACAUUUUCUAUAAUGUUGAGAUUUCUAUCUUAAUGGUAUUUUGAACACAACCUUUAUUCAUUGAUGAUUUGAACAGUACCUAUUGGUGUCUCUUGCCAAGAACUAUUCUCCGUUUGUAACACAGCUGAGAAACUUAAUGGGAGACUUUGAGAGUGUGCCUUAAAGAGGCAAAACUCAAAGACCAUCCCAUAGAGGUAAAAACCGGGUAGCUUUCUCCACCGGCAUAUCACUGGUAGGAUACAAUGUGGCGUGGCGUUUGAGUUUUCUAUGUAUUUCUUUUGUUUGUUUGUUUGAGAGGGAAGGGGUAUUUAUCAUAGGCAAAACUCAAUUUGUCAGACGAGAAGCGGGAAAAUAUGAAGAAUAUGCAUAUUUAAGAAAAUUACAUGUUAAGAAAGCACAUGGUUAUGCAAUUUUUGUAGAAAAUUUAUCAGUAGACUUAAAAAUAAUUUUAGGUUUGGUUGUAAAUAUAAUAUAUAGAUUUGAUACAUUCACCUGUAUGUUCCUUUCAUCCGUGUUGCCUGUUGCGAAUGAUUGACAUAAAUUUGUUUUAGUUCAAGUUGACUGUGUUUAAUGUUUUAAAUUUAGCGCUUCUUUUCAUAUUCAUAUUUCUAAUAUCCAUGUCUAAUGAACUCAGUUCAGCAUAAUGCAGGUGAAUUUGGAGUGAAUAGUCAUAUUCACUGUUCUCCUUUGCUGUAGCUUCAGCUCCUUUUAAACCCAUAAUUUUUUUAAAAGAACCAGAGAAUAUUAGUUUUUUGUGCCAAAGGAGUAAAAUGAAUACAAGAUCCAUAGGUGAGAUUUCAUUUGUUUCAGUAUUAUGUUUUUAGACAAGGGAUACAAUUCCAUAGUAAAUAAUAUAGCUUUUACUCAGGAGUGAGGGCAACACUUUUCUCAGUGGCAAAGGUGGAAAACCCCAGUUAUUUUUGCAAAGAAUGUGGUGCAAAUUUCCACUCUGUUAUCUCUACUAGUUUGUCGACUAUAAACACUGAUUAAUUAGGUUGCUGGACCUGCCUUGUACUACUUCCUUGUCAUUAUCUUUAAUUGUGCUGUAUAAAGCCAGGAACUUGGAAUGGAAGAAUUUAACAAAUAGGUGCUCAUGUUAUCUGAAUGUAUGUGUUUUGUUUUUUUU